CUCUCACCAAGGUCCCCCCCUUCAUUAGUUUGGAGGAAUAUCAAAAGAUUUAGGGGUGCUAUGUCUUGCAACAGCAACAUUAGUUCCAAUGACACCGCAGAGUGGCUUGAUCAAUUUCAAAAUAAACUGGCUCCUCCUUCAGUUCCUACAGACAUUGCAAUCCGUUCGGGUGUACCCCCAUCAUUUUCCCCACACACAGUUUUUAAUGAUCCAUUCUCUCGAGAGGAACUCGAAGCAGCUCUGGGAGGCCUCAUUGAUUCUGCCCCUGGGGUGGAUGGGAUUCCAUACUCUUUUAUUGUUAACAGCGGUAAUGCAAAUAAAGAGUUGUUCCUUAGUAUCCUCAAUUGCAUAUUUGUAACAGGGCUCCCUCCAGAAGAAUGGAAAACACAAAUUGUUAUACCCAUAUUAAAACCUGGUAAACAAAGUAAUGACCCUAAUGGAUAUAGACCCAUAGCCCUUUCCUGCACAAUGUCCAAAGUCCUAGUAUCAUCAUAGUAGCAUCAUAGUAGUAUCUUAUCAAAAAUCGCCUUGAGUGGAUUGUGGAGAGCAAGGGUAUACUGGCCAAAAGCCAAUUCGGUUUCCGGAAAGGCGUUAGUACAAUGGACAGUCUAAGCAUUUUCCUGACUGACAUCUGGAUUGGUUUAUCUAAGCGGGAGCAUAUAAUUGGAGUAUUUUUAGAUAUAUCAUCAGCGUAUGAUAAUGUUUUGCUUCCGUUACUCAGGCAGAAACUGCUCAAUCUGAGUAUUCCCGUGAGGCUUGUUAAUAUAAUUUUUAAUCUCCUCUUUGCCCGUUCAAUUCAAGUGAGUGUUAACAACUUACUUUUACCACAAAGGACCGUUUGGAGAGGCCUCCCACAGGUGUCAGUUUUAAGCCCAUUACUUUACAGCCUCUACACAUAUGACCUUGAGCUGUCUCUCAAUCCAUUUUGCAACGUUCUCCAGUAUGCCGAUGAUUUGGCCUUAUACAUUUCAGAUAGCAAUACCGAAACUGCCUCUGCCCGCCUUAAUUCUGCUCUGGACUACCUCUGUGGUUGGCUAUCCGACCACGGCCUUUCGUUGUCGGUCGAGAAAAGUAACAUGGUCAUCUUUUCCCGUGCGAGAAAUACUCCUAAUACUAUUAUUAAAUAUGAUAAUCAGCCCAUUCCUUUGAAAACUCAAGCCAAAUUCCUUGGAGUUGUAGUUGAUUAAAAAAUGACAGGUGUUCAACACAUUACACAUAUUCUUAAAAAAUGCGAGAAAAGUAUUAAUAUUCUUCGUUCACUGUCUGGAGCUUUUCUACUGGAACCAUGUAACAAAUCCUCUUUAAGUGCCCUAGACAAAAUACAAUAUAAGUCUCUCCGAAUUAUAGUAGGAGCUAUGAAAUCUUCUCCCACUAACGCCCUGCAGGUGGAAUGCUCGGACCAUUUAUCCAUUAGAAGGCAAUAUUUGGCAGACAGAUUCCUUUUCAAAGUUAUCCAAAAUUCAUCCCACCCGCUUAUCGAUAAACUUCAUCAAUUAUCAGAAUUUAUAUCAUACGAUAAAUCCUGGACAUAUAAAACGACUCCAUCCUUGUUCCGAAGCUUCCUUAAAUUUCUGCGACUUCCUUCUCCAGUGCACCAAUGUGUCCUAAACCCUCUAUUUGACAAUCCUUAUCACUCACUAGUAUAUCAACCUGACAUCUCUCUUGACUUAGGCAUCAGUAAAAAAUCCACUGAUGCUGAGGUUCGGUUACAGGACUACAUCAGUAAAAAAUGGAACAACUGGCUUGUUAUGUACACAGAUGCCUCAAAGCUAUCUGAUCAAGAGUGUGUUGGUGCUGCUGUUUGGAUUCCCAAAUAUAAAAUAAUUCUAAAUUUUAAAUGCCCACCGGUCUCUUCAGUCUUUUCGGGUGAAGCCAUUGCUAUCCUUGAGGCUCUCCUAUAUACAGAGUCGCAUAAUGUUGAUAAAACUGUCAUUUUAUCAGAUUCUAAAAGUUGUCUCCAGGCUAUUUUGUCCAACCCCUUCCGUAAUAAAUCCAACUUCCCUUGUAUCCUGAUAAUUAGAGACGUGUUAUACAGGUGCCACCUUCAAGGAAUUAGAGUUUCCUUGGCCUGGAUCCCAGGCCAUUCAGGAAUAGUAGGUAACGAAGCCGUUGACCUGAUGGCCAAAGAUGCCACUAAUAAUAGUUGCCUCACUCACCCUCAAGUAUUUUGUCAUGACUUAUUCUCAUUAGCAACCCAAAAGAUGAUGUCAUCAUGGCUCGCCGAAUGGAAAGAGUCUAGUAAGGUGAAAGGAAAAUAUUACGCCGACAUUCAAAAUUUUAUUCCUAAGAAGCCUUGGUUCUUUGAAUACAAUGAAGCAUCUAAAUUUUGCACCUCCACUUUAUGUCGACUAAGGCUGGGCCACUCAAGUACUCCUGUACAUUUAGCCAAAAUUAGGAUUAGGGACAACUCACUUUGUGAAUGCGGGCUUGAUGAUGGUUCUCCAGACCACAUCUUUUUCAAUUGUCCCAAAUAUUCUGUUUCACUGUACGAUAUCCUUCCCCCAUACAUUCCCAAACCCACAAAUUUUAAAACACUCCUUAAUUAUGUUAACUCCCCUUUUAUUGUUAUCCUAUGUAAUUAUAUAACUAGCAAUAACAUAAAAUUGUAAUGUGUUUGUUCUAUCUAAUAUACUAACACUUGUGUUUAUAUAUUGUGUCCGUCCUUUCAGGUAAAUCAACAGCUCCGCAGCAUCAAAAUUUAAAUUCUAUGUAUUAAAACUUGCAUUUCUCACAUUGUCCUCCCACAAUACUCGUUGUACCGUAGUAACACAGCUGCAGUAGCCCUUACAUUCUGCUAAGCGGAAAACUCGACACUGGCGAAAUCUUAAAAAGAAGGAACCGCCAUUGAGCAAAACGAAGAAGAAGAAGAAGAUAUUUUUUGGAGAUGAACUCAUUCUCAAGUGUCAAUUUUUAUACAAUUAGCCUGAUGUAUCCCAGUGCUGGGCAAAGGCCUCCAAUUUUAGUCAUCUUAUUGUAAUGUGCUUGCCAAUCUUUGUAACUCUGUGUGAUCUCUUUCAGAAUUUUGUCAACUUCACUAUAAUAAUUCUCUUACGAAUACAAACUUGUUAUAUCCAAGCACUG